AUGGCUCUCCCCUCUCAAUGCUGGACCUUGACGAAGAAGAACCUCCUCAUCGCCCUCAACCGCCAUGCCUUUGCCACCACCAUCCGCGCAUUCCUCCUCCCCAUCGGGUUUAUGAUCUUCUUGUCGUAUGCCAGGAACCUCUUCAUCCCACCCUCGGAUUACGGCAUAGGCUCGAGCCAUGCAGUUCGCACGUUGGCAGAGGGCAUGGCUGCGGCCGGUGGGGGAAGAAACACACUGGCUUUGGUGAGCAAUGGACUCGGAGGCGACGUCGCGCAGGUCAUAGACUCUGUCGCACAGCAGGCACAGGCGUCUGGAAAGGUUGUGCGCCUAUCGCAAGAAGCGCAGUUGUUGGAUACCUGCCGGAGCAGUCUGCGGGGUGCGACUUCCUGCUAUGGUGCCGUCGUUUUCCAAUCCUCCCCUACCCAGGGACAAGGCGGGUCGUGGAACUAUACUCUCCGCGCAGAUGGCGCAUUUGGAGUCCAGAUGCAUGUUCAUAAAACCACAAACGAUGUCGAAAUAUACCUUUUGCCCCUCCAAAGGGCUGUCGACAGUGCAAUUGCGCGCCUCAAUGCCACGACCCUCCCUUCCGUCUUCGAAUAUCCCUUCACCUCCAUCAAUCAAGCUCAGCGCAAUACCAAGAUCCGCGUAAACUACCAAGGCGCCAUCAUCAACAUCUUGGGCGUUGCGUUCCUCAUUGGCAUGGUUGGAGUCACAUACCAUUUGACCGGAUUCAUUGCUUCAGAGCGGGAGCUUGGCAUGUCACAGUUGAUUGAAGCCAUGAUGCCCAAUCUGAAAAGGUGGCAACCUCAAGUCGCGAGGAUUUUGUCUUAUCAUCUAGCAUUUGACAUUAUCUACACUCCGGGCUGGAUCAUCAUGGGAAUCGUUUUGGGCGUCGGAGUCUUUGCCCAAACAUCCAUGGCCAUUGUCAUCAUUUAUCACUUAUUGGCUGGUCUCUCUCUAGCAUCCUUUUCCAUACUCGGUGCUUCUUUCUUCAAGAAGGCCCAACUGAGUGGUAUUACCAUGGCAAUUGUGACGCUCCUCCUGGGUGUGCUCGCACAGGUCAUUGACAAGACCAAUUCUGGCACCGUGGCAAUUCUCAGCCUGUUGUUCGUUCCUUGCAAUUAUGUAUUCUUUAUCGUUUUCAUGGCCCGGUAUGAGCGUCAGGACCUGGCCACAGAUCUUGUACGAUCUGCGCCGAACAAUCCUUGGGGCCUUCCUGGGCUCGCUCUCUGGGUCUUUGUGAUUGUACAGAUAUUUGUGUACCCGCUGCUUGGAGCCAUGAUUGAGAAAUUCCUCUACGGAACAGCAUCUAAAGGACGAUCAAUCACUAGAAAUUUUGAUGCCCACUCGACAUCAUACGAGACAGUGCGUCUCGAUCACUUCACAAAGCAUUACCGCCCGAACUGGUUUCGGCGCAAGGCUGCGGGCAUCACCAAGACCCCCAAGGCAACUGUUGUGGCAGUCAAUGGCCUGACGUUUAGUGCGAGAAAGGGGCAGAUUUGCGUUUUACUCGGUGCAAAUGGUAGUGGAAAGAGCACAACUUUAGAUGCCAUCGCUGGACUCAAUACCGUCACCAGCGGAACCAUCGCAGUUGACGGUACCGGCGGACUUGGCAUUGCUCCACAGAAGAAUGUUCUCUGGGAUGAGCUGACCGUCGAAGAGCAUGUUCGUAUCUUCAAUCAGCUAAAAUCCACAAACCAACGUGAUAGCAAAGAAGCCCUACACGAUCUCAUCAAGGCUGUUGACUUGGAUCGGAAGAUAGGUGCGAAGGCAAAGACACUUUCUGGUGGGCAAAAACGAAAGCUUCAGCUCGGCAUGAUGUUCACUGGAGGUAGUACAGUCUGUUGUAUCGACGAGGUUAGCAGUGGUCUCGAUCCACUAAGCCGACGCAAAAUCUGGGACAUUCUGCUGGCUGAGAGGGGCACUCGCACGAUAAUAAUGACGACUCAUUUCCUUGAUGAAGCGGAUCUUCUUGCCGAUCAGAUCGCAAUUCUUUCCAAAGGUACCCUCCGAGCUCAGGGCUCAUCCGUGGAGCUUAAGAGUAAACUUGGCGGAGGAUAUAGAAUCCAUCUACAGACUGGUCCCGGCCAUGAGGAAGCACCUGACCUCGAGGUUCCCAGUCAUACAAAUAUCGGCCAAACCAUAUACCUUGCUUCCACAUCCAGCCAAGCUGCAAAAAUCAUCAGACGCCUCGAAUCAGCAGGUCUCACAGAUUAUCAACUAUCCGGACCCACAAUCGAAGACGUUUUCUUGCAACUUGCAGAUGAAGUCCGCGCAGACGGCAUCGACCCCGAAUCUGAAUCUCAGGAUGAAAAGUCCCCUAGUGUAGUAGUUUCAGCGAAGCCUCGGGAUCUGCAGCUAGAGAUACACACCGGUAAGACCAUUGGCCCGUUUCGUCAAGGCUGGGUCUUAUUUCGAAAGAGAUACACCAUACUGCGACGGAACUACCUUCCAUAUACUGCUGCUUUCCUCCUUCCCAUCAUUGCGGCUGGUCUUGUCUCAUUGUUCUUGAAAGGUUUCAAAGCUGUAGGCUGUUCACCAACCCAACGAAUUUCACUCGCUGAUGUCGAAAGCCUGGCAGCGCUUAUUGACUAUGAUAUUAUUCUUGGCCCAUCGUCCCAAUUCUCUACCGCCACCCUUGCUUCUUUAUCUAGCUCUCUCACAUCUAACCCAAUUCCUCCUGGGGUCCAAGUCCAUCGGGCUGUUCACAUAGUUGACACGCUCCCACAAUUCAAUAAUUAUAUCGAUCAGAAUUUUGCAAAUGUCACCCCAGCAGGCAUUUUCCUCGGAGAUGGCACAACAGAGCCGACCCUUGCGUAUAAAGGAAAUGGGGAUAUCUACAAUGGCGUAUUUGGGCAUAAUAUUCUUAAUAACAGGCUUACAAACAUCACCAUUCACACGCAAUAUUCGUCUUUUGAUAUACCAUGGGCACCGUCAACCGGGAAAUCUCUGCAGCUCGUGGUCUAUUUUGGAUUGGCUAUGGCAGCAUACCCAGGAUUCUUCUCAUUGUAUCCCACCGUAGAAAGGACCAGGAAUAUUCGCGGUCUGGAAUACUCGAAUGGUGUUCGGUCAUUGCCUCUAUGGUUGGCAUAUCUUGGAUUCGACUUCAUUAUAGUACUUGGCUCUAGUGCCCUGGGUGUUAUCAUCUUUGCUGCUGUCUCGACAGCCUGGUAUCAUGUCGGCUAUUUGUUUGUUGUUUUCGCACUAUUCGGUCUGGCGUCCAUCUUGCUUUCAUAUGUGGUCUCCCUUUUCGCACAGACACAGCUCUCGGCCUAUGCAUUCGCUGCUGCUGGCCAGGCAAUCCUCUUUCUGAUAUACUUGAUUGGGUAUCUUUGCACGUUGACUUAUGCUCCUAUCAACAAAAUAGAUGACUAUCUACUCAUCGUUCAUUUCACGAUAUCGCUGAUCACGCCUAUGGGAUCACUUAUAAGAUCACUUUUCAUCGCACUGAACAUAUUUUCCACCACGUGUUCUGGACGACAAUUGGCUGCUUCCCCCGGUGGUAUAAUUCAAUACGGCGGGCCGAUACUUUACUUAUUUGUGCAAGUGUUCGUGUUAUUUGCGAUCCUCCUCUGGAACGAUUCUGGAUCGGUCCUAGCCUGGUACCGAAGAGUUCGGAAUGCGCCAAGCACAUCUUCUGAGGCAAAAGUUGUUCCUGCCGAUGAAGAGGUUGCAGAAGAACUCGCUCGUGUCAACAGCUCCAAUGACGGACUUCGUGUACAGAAUCUUACGAAAUCUUUUGGGCACGUGACAGCUGUCGAAAAUCUCACAUUUGGGAUCAAACGCGGAGAAGUGUUCGCUUUGUUAGGCCCAAAUGGCGCGGGAAAAUCAACUACCAUCUCUUUGAUUCGCGGCGAUGUCCAGCCGUCGAAGAAUAGUGGCAACAUAUUUGUUGAGAACAUUGACAUAAGCAGGCAACGAGCUAAAGCAAGGUCACACCUUGGAGUGUGUCCCCAAUUUGACGCUAUGGAUCAAAUGACUGUUGUGGAACACCUCCAGUUCUAUGCAAGAAUUAGAGGUGUUCCUGAUGUCGAACACAAUGUCAAAGCUGUUAUCAAGGCUGUGGGCCUCGAGGCAUUUUCAUUUCGAAUGGCAGCUAAGCUUUCUGGUGGCAACAAGAGGAAGCUGUCACUUGGUAUUGCAUUAAUUGGAAACCCGACAGUGCUUGUGCUGGAUGAGCCAAGUUCCGGCAUGGAUGCAGCAGCGAAAAGAGUCAUGUGGAGAACAUUGGCGGCAGUCGUGCCUGGUCGAUCUCUGCUUCUUACAACACAUAGCAUGGAGGAAGCGGAUGCAUUAGCUGACCGUGCAGGAAUUAUGGCGAAGCGGAUGUUAGCGAUGGGUACGAGCGACCACCUUCGGCAGAGACAUGGCGAUGCUUACUAUAUCCAUCUGGUUUUGAAGUCUGCGCCACAUACAACUGAUAAGGAGAUUGCUGGACUCAGGUCAUGGGUUUUCGAGCAUUUUCCUGGUGCCGAUAUUGAGGACAAGACUUAUCAUGGUCAAUUGAGAUUCUCAGUCCCUGCACAGAGGCACGAGUCCAACCAGCCAAGCAUAAAGGUUGCUAGCAUCGACCAGAUACACGGUGGAGACGACGCUUUGCCCUCGAAGCAACGUAGUGGAAUUGGGUCUUUGAUUACUCUACUUGAAGACCAUUCUGCCGAGUUAGGUUUGGAGCACUAUUCUGUCAGUCCAACGACUCUCGAUCAGGUGUUCUUGAGCAUUGUGCAGAAACAUGAAGUCGAAGAAGAGGGGUACACUAACAAAUCAGUAAAGAAGGGGAUACUCGGAUUUGAUUCAAAGCUCUUGGCACGUCGUAAACCAUGA